UCCUCUGAGAAUGCCUUAUUAAAAUGCUUCAAAAUCCAAGUUCCCAACAAUUCCAACAAAACCAUUGUUUCACCAUCACAAAAAAAAUCUCCAAAUGGAAAACAACGUCACAAUAUUACUCUUUCUUCCCCUCUUCACCAUUCUCACAACCGUUGCAGCUUCUAAUUCCUCCUCCUCAUCAUGCCCCAUCAACUUCACCUACGUUGAAACCUUCCCAUGGAACACUUCAUCUUGCACAAACCCAAUCAACAAACAACCUUGUUGCAUAGCAUUAAACACCAUCUUCCACAUAGGCCUCACCCAACACCUCAAAGAAACCUCAUUGUUUCAACUUCCCAAUGAAAACACUUCCUCAACUUGCUUAUCAGAUUUCCAAACCAAGCUAAAAGCCUUGUCAAUAGACCUUUCUUUGGUCCCUUUUUGCUUCCCUAACCCCUCACAAUUUGUUACCAACUCUUCCACAUGUGCAGGUAUUAUAACCACACAAGAUUGGGAACAAAAAGUGGACUCGGUUAGGCUUGGUCCAUUAUACUCUUACUGCAAAGAAAGCCUUGAUGACGAAACUCGGUGUCAAAAUUGCAUUGCAUCAAGUUUUAAAGUGGCUUUUCAGCUUACUAGUACUAACCAAAAUGCUAGUGUCAAAGAAUGUUUUUCCUUUGCAUCACUAUAUGCUGCAGCAGUUGUUAAUCCACAAGGUGCAAGUGAUGCAACCACGAUUGGUUGCAUAUUGAGGGUGCCACUGAAUGGUGAAGUAACAACAAAAGGGUCAUCAAAGAAGAGAAGAAAAGUUGUGAAGCUGGUUUUUGCGGUAUUGGGUGGCAUGGUUGGUGUUGUUGUCAUUGCUUUUGUGGUGAUGGUUGUGUACAGGAAGUGGGAUAGGAGAAGGAAGGAAAGGGUUUAUUAUCAUAGGGAAAUUGAAAACGGUGUGAGGAACAGUGUUUUGCCUAACACUGGUGCAAAAUGGUUUCACAUAUCGGAGCUUGAACGUGCCACUGAUAGAUUUUCAAGGAGGAACAUGCUUGGCCAAGGUGGUGAUGGGGUUGUGUACAAAGGGAAGCUUUCAGAUGGCACUUUGGUUGCAAUUAAGGAGAAUUUUAAUUUGGAGAGUAAAGGGGAUGAAGAGUUCUGCUAUGAAGUGGAGAUCAUAAGCAAGAUAAAGCAUAGGAACCUUCUUGCUCUCAAGGGUUGUUGCAUUGCAAGUGAUGAUUUGAAAGGUAAGAGGAGGUUUUUGGUUUAUGAUUUCAUGCCUAAUGGAAGCUUAUGUUACCAAUUAUCUCUUAAUGUGGCCAAUAGGUUAACAUGGCCACAAAGAAAGAACAUAAUCAUUGAUGUGGCAAAAGGGCUUGCUUAUUUGCACUAUGAAAUCAAGCCUCCUAUUUAUCAUCGUGACAUUAAGGCUACCAACAUUCUUUUGGACUCCAAAAUGAGUGCUAAAUUAUCAGAUUUUGGGUUGGCAAAAGAAGGUAGUGAGGAGGAACAAUCUCAUGUAACUACAAAAGUUGCUGGCACAUAUGGUUAUGUGGCACCAGAAUAUGCUCUAUAUGGACAACUAACUGAGAAAAGUGAUGUGUAUAGUUUUGGUAUUGUGAUUCUUGAAAUCAUGAGUGGUAGAAAAGUGCUUGAUAAUUUGAAUUCAUCAGCGGAUGCCAUCACUGAUUGGGUGUGGACACUUGUGGAAUCAGGAAAGAUGGUGGAAGUUUUUGAUGAGUCAAUAAGAGAAGGGCCAGAAAAAGUUAUGGAAAGGUUUGUUCAUGUUGGAAUGCUGUGUGCUCAUGCUGUGGUGGCUUUAAGGCCUACUAUUGCUGAGGCUCUUAAGAUGUUAGAGGGUGACACUGAUGUUCCCAAAUUACCAGAUAGGCCGGUGCCUUUGGGUCAUGCUUCUUUUCAAUCUUCUCUGUUGCAUGGUUUGCAAGGAAGUGGAAGAUCUAAGGCACAUGUUUCAUCUUAAUUAUUCAAGCGUAUGAGUAUUGUAUUGAUUCAUUUCAACCUCUAUGCUAUGCUAGGUUCUGUAUGUAUAGGCAGUGUUUUUGGUUUAUAAUUAUAAUAUUUCUUAGGUGUAGGACUAAUUAUUUUUA